UUUAUCAGCGGUGUAUCAGAGAGUUGUCCCAACAUGUCAAACCUCUGCGUCUGCAGUUCCACCUGUCUGAAGGUGUGGCCAAUCAGCUUCCUUUAAAAAUGACUGCUUCUGUCCUGUCAGGCUCAGAGAUCAGGGGCUUCCUCCAAGACUCAACAACCUGCAGACUGUCGUCAGAGACCGCCAUCACAUCCAGCAACCAUCCAGCCAGCCGACCAAUCACAGCAGGCAGACGCUUCUGGCCCAGCAUCAGCCAACCAAUCACAGCAGGAUGACUUCCUGUGUGUUUUCCCUCUUCUUCCUGCUCUUCCUGUGUUCCUCCAUCACUGCCGACGGUCCCACCGGACUCAAAGUGAGAAUCACCAACAGAGUGCCAGAUAUCUUGAAAGAUUAUGGUCUGAAGUAUUUGAGGGAGCUGGUUAACAGACCUUUUGAGGAUUUCCACUUGGUAACGUGUCACAUUGGAAGUUUGACAUUUACUCGUCUGGACGUGAACCCAAAUGAUGUCGUUGUCAGGUUCCAGCAGGGUUCAGGUCUUCAGUUUGUGUUCAGGAACCUGAACAUUACCGCAGAAAUCGAAAGAGGAAUCAAUCAUUGCUUGUUUAAUAUCUUGAAAGGAACGGCUGUCCUAACAGGAGAAGGUGUUGGCGUCACCAUCGGAGUGAGACUGAUCCAAAACCAAGGACGUCUGAGUCUCGAGAUACCGCCUGGAGAUGACUACUGUAAGACCCAAGCUGACAGGAUCCAUGUGGAUAACCUGGGGUUUGUGCUGAACGCUGCUCUCACAGGAGUGUUAAGGUUUAUGUUCACUACCCAGUUCUGUCCUGCUAUUAGGGAUGAUGUUGUCCCUAAUGUAAACACCAUGUUGGCGGGUGUCGCCAUGACGAGGACUUUGAGCAAAGACCAGAAAAUCAACCUUGACUACUCUCUGAGCAGAAACGUCACGGUGACGUCCAAAAGCCUUGAUGUGCCUUUCACAGGUGUGGUGUACUACGGUGACAGAAGGCCUGCUUUACCAGCAGCAGGUGUAGAGCCGGUGUUCACAGAAAGUAACCUGAUGGCUUACGUGGGCAUCUCUGAAGACCUGUUUAAAAGCGCCAGCCAGGCGCUCUACAGCCACGGGCCUUUUGAACAGCGGUCCAGAGGUGAGAACAGCUAA